AUGUCCUCGCUCGCCGGCCUCCGCACCAGUCUCAGGACGAUCGCCUCGCCGUUACGCCAAGGCGCACGCAGCCAGUCGACUUCGUCCGCGGCGCAGCAGGUGAGUGGCUGUUCGGCGUGCAUACCCCGAUCGCGAUGGACGGGCGGAGGGGACAUUCGCGGCGGAGCAGCGCGGGAGUCGUCGCUCGGAACGUGUAGCACUCGACCGCUACGACCGAUGACGGCGACAGUUUGGUGUAGAAAGGUGGCUGGUGGUUAGAGGUGGACGGUCGUGGCUCGGUCGGACUCGGCACCCUCUGUCGAUGCUCGGGAACUGACCUUGUUUGCUCUCCCACUCUCCGCUCACGACGAACGAACCGCUGCAAUCGCCCGCUGCACUCCCCUCUGCGUCCUCUCCCCCACGCCUGACCUUGUCUCCGCCAUCUCUCGCACAUCGCGCACAACACAACAUCGUUCACCGAAAUACUCUAUUCGACUGCAUGGACUUGCGACCACUCACUGCGGCGCCCAUGCUACCAGACCAUCUUUGGCGCCUCGCCCAAGGCCGCCAAUGCCGCCGCCGCCUCGCUCGCCUUGAUCUCGGUCGGCACCACGGCGUGGUACAUGCACCUCUACGGCAACCCCUUGAUCCAAGAAGUCAAGGCCGAAUCCGCCGCCGAUCACGGUCUCCACCCCGCCUCGUACCCUUGGUCCCACAACGGCCCCUUCAACACCUUGGACCACCGUUCGUGAGUCGGCGCAGCUAGCUCUUGGAUAGAUCUACCUAUGGCCGCGAGCGCUCAUGCACACCAUGCUCCCCAAAUAAUAAUUGCCAACAGCAUCCGACGCGGAUACCAGGUGUACCGCGAGGUGUGCUCAACAUGCCACUCGCUUGACCGAGUCGCCUGGCGCAACCUCGUCGGUGUCUCGCACACCGUCAACGAGGCCAAGGCCAUGGCCGAGGCGAUCGAGUACGAGGACGGACCCGACAGCAACGGCGACAUGUUCCAACGACCAGGCAAGCUCGCCGACUACUUCCCCCCUCCUUACGCCAACGAGGAGGCCGCCCGCUCCGGUAACGCCGGUGCCUUGCCCCCUGAUCUUUCGCUCAUCACCAAGGCCCGACACGGUGGAUCUGUAAGCGCACAAGAGGAUUUGAAAGACGAAAAGAAAGCGACGAAGGACUGACACGUGCAUACACCACGCAGGACUAUGUUCACGCCCUUUUGACCGGUUACGUCGACCCCCCCGCCGGUGUCGAGAUUCGUGAGGGCUUGAACUACAGUACGCCACUCGACUGCGCUGCCCGGAAGGGAACGAGAAGUGCAACUACUGAUCACCGCGGUUCUCACCUGUAGACCCUUACUUCCCCGGUGGUGCCAUUGGUAUGGCCCGUGUCCUGUACGACGGUCUCGUUGAAUACGAGGAUGCAAGUCCCCUUUCGCUCCCACGGUCCGCCGUCAAUGUUCAACGAGCUAACCUCCCCUUGACCGAUGUGAUGAUCCAUAGGGUACCCCCGCCACAACUUCGCAAAUGUCCAAGGACGUUGUCACCUUCUUGUCAUGGGCCUCGGAGCCGGAGCACGACGAGCGAAAGCGAAUGGGUCUGCAGGCAGUUUGUGAGUAUUCCCCUACGCGAACAGAACCGUAAAAGAGUGGGCCCGGGAGAUUAAUGCGUUCUUGUGUUUUCGUCCCCAGCGGUCCUUGCCGCUUUGCUCGCAUUGUCUAUCGUGGUCAAGAAACAAAAGUGGGCUGGUAUCAAGGUCAGUCUCACUCGAGGUUCUCAAUCGGCCUCGCGCACCGAGAUUCGGAAGUGCUCACCAUCUUCGCCCUCUUCCCCACUGAAAAACAGACGCGCAAGAUCACCUACAACCCUCCUUCCGUCAAGCACUAG